GUUUAUGGAUAAUAUAAAAGUUGAAUAUCAGCUUAAGUUGGCAGACGUGCGUGAAUAGCGCGACAGUGCGUGAUAUAAAAAUUAAUUUAUUUCUAAAUGUAUAUGUCGGCUGGAAAGAAUCCAGUUUUCGUUAUUUCCGUCGCUGACGGUUCGUAAUUCACGCGACUGCGCGUGCAAACGAGACCGAGAGAAGCGUAAAACCGCCGGAGAUCAAUAUGACUGAUAUUGUAGGACGCACGUGAACGUUUCGUCUGGUUUCACGUGAAUGACGUAACGACAAGCGGCAUUGUAACACAAAAAUGGCCGACGCCGAGGACGAGAUCGGGCGAAAGUGGGACCGCUGCUUUACAGACGCCAUCCUCAAGUUCGGCGGUGGCGUGAUCCUCGGUGGAGUGUUUUCUCUAUUUUUCUUCAAAAGAAAAAAGUGGCCCAUUAUAAUUGGAGGUAGCUUUGGAUUAGGUAUGGCAUAUUCCAAUUGCGAAGAAGACAUCAAUGCAUCAAUACGUCAACAGAAAUCCAAAAUUUGUUAAUCUGAAGAAAAAUAAUUAGAACAAAUUGUAAAAACAAAAUUAAAGUUAUUACUAAUAUAAGAAUUAUAAUAAACUAAAUAACUUUAUCGCAAUAAUCUAUUGUUUUUGUAUAUUUGAUCUGUAUCUUUUAAUUUUAGAAAAGCAACACACAAUAAAUGGCUUUGUAAAAGAAA